CCCUGCCCCACUCAUGCUCUGUCUCUCUGUCUCUGUCUCUGUCUCUCAAAAAUAAACAUUAAAAAAAAAAAUUAAAAUGGGUGGUUGUGAUAACUUAAUAAAUUUUCUGAAUACUCUGUAAGUAGUUUAUGGUAUUAGCCCAAUUUAGAAUUCACAGGCACCCAGGAUGUAGGGUCCCGGUUUUCCUGACACUCCCCACUGAGGCUCAGAAAGGUGACAUGACUUCCUUAAGUCACAGCACAACUAAUGACCAGGAGUUAAGCCCAUACAGAUCACAGUUUUAGCCACCACAUUAGGAUGCCUCACCAACUUGGUUUCUUCGUUUAGUUUCAGUUAACAAAUACUGAUUUUGUUCCCCUGUGGACCAAGUUCUUUGCUGGGUGCGAGAGACAGAGCAGAACGGCACACAGACCUUGCCCUCCCAGUGCUUGCAGAGAGUCUGUGGCUCUCACUAGGUUCUCCAGUGCUGUUUGUGAUACCAAGUUUAUUGCAGGGACAUGACAAGAUCACAUUUUGAGAAGUUGGAGAGAAGCUCAAGUGAUUAACUGAAGCCCUGGAUGAAAACAGGAUCUCUAAAGAGAAACUGUAAGGUGCAAUAAGUACCUUCUGAGUCCCAGGACGGUGGCAAUUAGCCAAUGGUUGCAGGCAUGUUGUGGAAGUUGCUGAUAAGAUCCCAGCCCUGCAGGCUGUGUUCUUUCAGAAAGAUGCUAUCGGCUCCAAAAUACAGACCCUUUCUAGCGUGCUUCACCUAUACAAAUGAUCAUCAGUCAAACAAAGAAAAUAAAAGAACAGUGGAAAAGCUCUAUAAAUUUUCAGUCGACAUCAGGAAAAUUCGCAGACUAAAAGGAUGGGUACUUUUUGAGGAUGAAACCUAUGUUGAAGAAAUCGCAAAUGUUUUACAACAACUAGGUGCUAAUGAAACCGCUGUAGCCAGUAUUUUGGAACGCUGCCCGGAAGCUAUUGUCUGCAGUCCAACGGCUGUUAACGCCCAGAGAGAACUCUGGCAGUUGGUCUGCAAAAAUGAGCAAGAGUUAGUCAGGUUAAUAGAACAGUUUCCAGAAUCUUUCUUUACUGUUACAGACCAGGAAACUCAGAAGCUGAACAUUCAGUUCUUUCAAGAGUUGGGACUCAAAAAUGUGGUCAUUAGCAGGUUUUUGACAACUGCAUCUAAUGUUUUUCAUAAUCCUAUUGAGAAAAAUAAGCAAAUGAUAAGUAUUCUCCAAGAGAGUUACCUAAAUUUAGGUGGCUCCGAGGCCAACGUGAAAGUUUGGUUACUGAAAUUACUAAGCCAAAACCCAUUUAUUUUGCUGAAUUCUUCUGCAGCUAUAAAGGAAACACUAGAAUUUCUCCAGGAGCAAGGUUUCACAAACUCUGAUAUUCUCCAGCUUCUCUCCAAACUCAAAGGAUUUCUUUUUCACCUUUGCCCCAGAAGUAUACAGAACAGCAUUUCCUUCUCUAAAAAUGUUUUUAAAUGCACAGAUCAUGACCUGAAGCAAUUAGUUUUGAAAUGUCCUGCCAUUUUAUAUUAUUCUGUUCCAGUUUUGGAAGAGAGAAUUCAGGGAUUAUUGAAAGAAGGAAUUUCCAUAGCUCAGAUAAAAGAGACGCCAAUGGUUCUUGAAUUAACACCGCAGAUAGUACAGUACAGGAUAAAGAAACUGAAUUCCCUAGGCUAUAGAAUAAAGGAUGGACAUCUGGUAAAUCUAAGUGGAACAAAAAAAGAAUUUGAGGCUAACUUCGGCAAAAUUCAGGCCAAAAAAGGAAGGCCAUUGUUUAACCCUGUGGCACCAUUAAACAUUGAAGAGUAACUUGCAGACUGUGGCUGCUUUCUAGCAUUGCAGAGUGAAGCUGAGUAGCAGGGACUGGAGUCAGUUUGUAGGCACUAGUAAUUUUAAGAAACUGCUUAGCUUCUGAGUUGUCUUAAGUUACACCUGAGUAGACAAUCUCUGACUCACUUGCUGUAUUUUAAGAUAUAAACUGCAUUUAUUUUAAAGUUGGUAAUUUUGACUUUGAGCUAUUUCAAAAACUCCUAUACUAGUAAAUGGCACAUCAGAGUGAUA